AUGGCUUCUCAAUCGAAACAGUAUACUGCACUUUACAACUUUGAGACUACCGUUUUAAAGUCUUUGGAUCCGGCUAAAAAGUUGGGUGGCAUUGCUGGUGUUCCCAAGCUGUUAGAAGAAUAUCCGAACCAAAACUUCCGGCAGAGUUUAUUCACUAAACUCUCAAGUCAUUUUACUGAUACCGACAAAACUAAAAGAGAUAAAAGGGACAACAGAAUACGAGUGCAAUUCGUUAAAGUAUUUGAACUUUGCGAAAAAUACUUUGUCGAAAAUGAUGAAGAAGACGAUGACUGUUUUAACCGAGUGAUUAAUGAUAUCGCGGGCAUUCUUGGCAAGCAAAACAAUGAUCCGUAUGCAAGGACUUUGAGCUUAAGAGCGCUUGGGUAUAUGCAUUCGUUAUUAGCAACAGAUAGGCGAUUGAAUGUUCAGCAUUGGAUUCUCGAAAGAUUUGUGUCUCCCGAAGAAGCCGAAGCAAAAGCAGCUAUAAAUACUGCAGAUAAAAUAUGCGCAAAGUGUGCGAAUUCGGAGACUUUGACAAAAUUCCCCGAGUUUCUUUUCAAGAGAGCGCAAAAAAUGGUUAUACAAGACCAUGUAUCUUCUUCGGUCAAGCUUCAACUCAUAAUGAUAUUUCGACACAUGCAUGGAAAUAUCGAGCUAACGAAACAGUCAAACACUAUAUGUCGUAAGCUACUCAAUAAAUACGAUUCAGAAGAAAUGUUUGUAUUAAAAAUUCUACGCACCUUGACAAUACUCUCAAAUCGUGCACGCGUCCUGCGAGCUAGCCAGAUAGAGUUAUUAUUCAAGUAUAUAUUAAACGAUCCACGUGAAAAAGUAAAAUCAUGGGCUCUGACAGAUCUCACGUUCUUGAUUCGAGAAAAUGGGCAGAUUGAAAAUGAUUUGCUGCCGAAAAAUAUAGCAAAUCGCGAUUCAUUGGGAGUAACACGCAUCUUGGAACUAUUUAAUCUACUAGGAACCGCCACAGAUACGAUUAUUAUAAAAGUUCUGCGUCUUAUCACAAUUGAUUUUAGGCGCACGUUUUCAUUCCAAAAACUCAUCUCAUUGCAUUCGGGCGAUAUUUUUGAAAAAUUUCGUCGCGUUUUAUAUCACUGCAUUUACUUGCUGGAAAACUCAAAUAGUAAAGUAUGUUUGGCUGUCGCUGGGUUAUUCACCGUCAUGAUUAAUGAGAUGUCACGAAUUAAUGCAGAGGGCAGUAUCGAGAUCUCCCCUGAAUUCGUAAAGUUAUUCCAAGAACUCCCUGUAAAAACUGCAAAUUCUGUCUGGACUAGUAUUUUGCUUCUUUCAUCGUCAACUAAUCAUGACCAAGGAAGUGAUUACGUGCUAAAACAGGCAUGCGAAAUUUACAUUAUUAAUCUACUUGGGUUUCAUGAAAGCCAAUACCUGAUUGAAGAGCUACUUCGCCAGGUUCUCGGAAUGUUGAUAAAAGUAGAGGAUGACCUCGCUUCAAUUUUACAGAAAUUUCUUUCGAAAUUCGCAAGCCAGCACGCUCCCUAUAUCAAAAAUCAAGCGAAAGAUAUUAUAUCAAAUUCUAAUCUUGAUAUAAUAAUGCAACGCCCGAAAAUAUUUACAAAUCUAAUGAAGAUUACACUCAAAGCAUCUUUCGGCACUUGGAUAACUGUGACUCAGAGAACUGCACUCGUCAAUAACGUAAUUGCUAAUAUCCGGAAAUUUGGGGGAUGGAACAACGAACAUUAUACGCAAAACAAGUGGUACUUAUACUUGAUUGCUAAAGAAGCCGCAAUAACCGGAUGUUUUGAGAUUAUGAGUGAUAUUAUGAACUCAUUAGCGACUCAAGUGGAAUCAGAUUCGUCGAGUCGCUUCUUAAAAGCGCUAAAAACACUAGCGCAAGUUGAAUUGUCUGUUUUGGAAAUAACAAAAGGUGCCACCGAAUCAGCAACAAAAUUCGAGGAAUAUUUGUUAAAUUUCGAUUUUAUUACAAAACUAUAUAGAGCUACAGAAGCUAGGCUGAUGGGUGAUACGAAGAUGGUGUUUCAAGAGUGGUUUUGUAACCUUCGUAUGGAAUUCCUUAACUGUAUAUACAGCCUUUUAGGUAUAUUAAACGCUGCUAUAAGACAUGGAAAAAUUGAAAGCUAUGGGAUCGUGUGUCUUAUAUUAGCCUACUCCAUUCAGAGUAUGCUCAUCAUGUCAGAGACCACCAGCAACUAUGAUUGGAGUAUUCUAUGGCAGGCACAUCAACAAUAUCUAAACUCACUUAAUUCUACGACAACACCAUCACAGCAUCGUGCAGAAAAAUUAACUUCGUUCUUAUUUGAUCGGUCUAUUCAGUUUCUAGUGACUCUAAAGAAUCCUGAGAAGGGGAAAACUGUUCCUCGACAAAAACAACAAGGAUCAUCAUUAAGUAAUAGAAGGAAAUCACCAAUCUCAAUAAAUACUAUCACGACUUUACGUAAUUUUCUGAUUGAGAUAUUAAGUAUUCCAUUAUCACUUCCGCCUCUUUUCUUUGUGAUUCGAAAGGCUGAAUGGAUUAAUUCAAUGACCACCAAACCGUCCUAUGAAGCUCUUAUCCAAGCAUUACGUAAUCGAAGACCCGAAUAUUUUGAUUGGCGAAUAAAACUGACAUUUCAGUUUGAGGGUAGUCUACAAUUACCAAAUAUCAAAAUAGCUCGACGUAAUAUUCGAUAUGUCAAAGUGUUUAUCUUCGGGUCAAUUGAAAAUUUGGAUUACUAUGAUCGUAAAAGAGCAUUGGAACGCAAGAAAGAGCUGGAAGUCUGUUAUCCGCUAGAAACUGAAGUCGAUGUAGAAAACGGUUCCUUCAAGUGUAUAUUACUUGUUAACUGGCUAGAUAACCCGAAUGAUGGGUAUUUCAAUGUUCAUAUAGAGGCGAUAGAUGAUAAUGAAGUAGCAUGGACAAUUGGGCCGGAUUUGACAUUUCCUGUAUAUUUUAGAAGUACCUAA